CCUUCAACUUCUGAUUCUAUAAGAAGUCCAAAUCCACAAGAUUUAUUAUUAGAGGGAGAAUUUAUCUAGCUGAAGUGACAGGCAGAUACAUCCAAACAUGAUUUUCAUUUGACCCCAUUAAAGUUUUAAUUGCAUAAUGACACCAAUCACCAUCAAAGAUAACAAGAAGUCCCACACAUUUAAGUAAACAGUGGUUGUGAAUGAGAGAUAAUAAAAGGGAUCAGAACUCAAAGAAGAAGCUUUAGAAAUGAUUUCACAUUAUUGUUGAAUUGAAUAUGGAAAACUACUACUAUUCUGGAUGGCCUCAAUCUCAAUGCAACAACUCUGCACCAAACAGUAACAAUAAUUCUUCCUUUUCAGUACCAACACAGAUAGUGCCUCAUGCCUAUGACUCAGCCUUUGCCUCUCUUCAAUUCCAAUAUCCAUGGCCUUUAGCCUUUGAAGGGUUUCCAGAAGAUAGAGCUGCAAGUGCUUCUAAGAGCCAUAGCCAAGCAGAGAAAAGAAGAAGGGACAGGAUCAAUGCACAGCUUGCAACUCUUAGAAAACUCAUUCCUAAGUCUGAUAAGAUGGACAAGGCUGCAUUACUAGGGAGUGUAGUAGAUCAUGUGAAGGAUCUAAAGCGAAAAGCAAUGGAUGUGAGCAAAAGCAUCACAGUUCCAAGUGAAACUGAUGAAGUAACAAUAAUAGAGUGUGACCCUGAUCAAGAUGAAAGCUAUGCUAAAGUGAAGAUACUGAAGCACAACAUUGUAAUUUCAGUUUGCUGUGAUGAUAGACCAGAACUUUUCAAUGAACUCAUUCAAGUCUUAAAAGGGUUGAGGCUCACAGCAGUUAAAGCUGACAUAGCAAGUGUUGGUGGCAGAAUCAAGAGCAUAUUGGUGCUAUGCUCUAAGGAAAAUGAAGAAGGUGGUGAUGGUGUUUGCCUUAACACUCUCAAACAAUCACUGAAAUCUGCUGUUAACAAAAUUGCUUCAUCAUCCAUGACAUCAAAUUGUCCCACAAGAAGUAAGAGGCAAAGGUUCUUCUUGCCUUCACAUUUCAUACAGUGAUUUCUACAAUUUUUUAUUCUAUUUUACCUCCUAUUAGAGAGGGUCAAUUUCAGUAGGUGAAAUCAUUUAUUUUUCAUUUUUGAAUUCGUAUACCUAUUAGUAUUAUUAGGUAGGUAUAAAAAGCAAGUUUAUUUUGCAAGGAAAAUGAUGGUCUUGUGCCUCCAAUUAUUGUGGCAACGUUAAGUAAAAAAGUUCAAUGUAUCACAGUUGUCAUUCUAAAAUGGGAAAAUGAAUUUUGAUACAUUGUUUGGAA